GUUAUCCGUCACAACAACUGAUAUUCAACAAAACAUACACUUCUUUACUUCUUUCAUUUGAUUUUGUGUCCAAACUUUCAAGAAAAAGGAGACAUGGACAAGACUAGGUUCAAACAACAGGCACUCUUCAUGCGAACUUCACUCUUUGAUGAGGGGUUUCUUGACGAGCAAUUCGUUCAGUUAGAGGAAUUGCAAGAUGAUGUUAAUCCCAAUUUUGUGGAAGAAAUUGUGACCCUUUUCUACACUGACUCUGUUAGACUCAUCUACAACAUAGAACGAGCACUGAUGAGUAAUCCUCCCAAUUUCACCAAGCUAGAUGAUUACAUGCAUCAAUUCAAGGGUAGUUGCUCAAGCAUCGGAGCAAAGAAGGUGAAAAUCGAGUGCACCAAAUUCAGUGAAUAUUGUGCAGCAGAAAACUUUGAGGGAUGCUUCAGGACUUUCCAACAAAUCAAUCUAGAGUAUACGACUUUGAAGAAGAAGCUUGAGACCUACUUUCAGUUAAUAAAGGGAAGCUACUGAUGAAAUGAAAGGAUAUUCAUAAUGGGUGCUGAUAUCCUUUUUGAGGUCGUUCCACCAGACUUAAAUAUUGGAUCAUUCAAGCAGAACUAUGUGUUAUAUAUAUAAUGUCAGUAACAAAAUAAUGAAUGAUAUUUAGACAUCAUUUUUCUACACCAUUAUUGCACAAUUUUCUUUGAAUAAAAAAAUACGCAUUACAUUAAAAAAAAGAGUCAUGUUUCAAUAGACAAAAAUGGUAAUUAUUAGACUUGUUCUUGUUAAUAUUAUAUUUUUAUAAUACAAAUUAUUUGUUAUUAUAAAUAUUUUAAAUUUAUAUAUUAAUAAUAUAUAUAAUGCAUUGAUUUCUUUUUGUUGAAGAGAAACGACGACAAUACAAACUAUGCAUAAAAUUUUUAUUCCAAUAAAACUAUUCAUUAAUAAAGUAUAUAUAUUUUUUCUGUUAAUAUAUAAAAUAUAUGUCUAUAUCCUUAUAAUAUUAUCAUAUUUGGCAUAUAAUACAAUAUUUAUAUUAACAUUAUAUUUUGUAUGACGAAAAUUAUAUUAACGGCGGAACAAGUCUAAGUACUAUCAUAUUUUGCCUGUUAAGUAAGACAUGGAAUUAAUUUUUUUAAAAUAUUUUUUAUGGUGUUCUAAUGCAACUUUUAUCUUAAACAAAGUGUAAUGGUGUAAUUUAUUUUGAUGUCCGAAUGUCAUUUCUCACAAUAGAAAUUAGAAUAUGUAAGAGAGUCUAGUCCCUCGUGCUCGUGUCUGUAUAUGGCUUAGCCGCGCAACUAUUGUCUGUUGGUAUAACUGGCAAAUGUUUAUCAGCUUUUUUAAUCUAUUAGUGUUGAUUAAAAUAAUUGCAUCUAUUUUUAAUUAGGUUUGCUAUUGUAACAAUGUGGUGAUCACAUUGAAAUAUAAACUUUGUAUCAUGACUUAUCAAUCUAUGAAAAUAAACAUUUUGUCUUAAAACAUUUAGUAAUUUUUAUUUAUCAGAAAUUCUCUCAACUAUAAUUACCAAUUAAUUUGGUAUCUGUUGCUAGUUCUUGAUCCAAACCUAUGGUCUCAGACUCCAAUAACUUCUCCAUGAGCACUCACACUCGAGGUUAAUUUCUUCAGUCUUUGUCUUCCUUCUGUACCACUAGCUAAGACCAUGCAAAGUUGGUAUUCGGAUUCUCGUGUUUCACAUCAUGCAUGUAAGCUAGAUGAUGUUCUCAACAUUCAAGAUCCACAUACAUAUGAAUACCUUUGUAGAUCAUCUCUUAAUUAACUGAAACCAGCCAAGGCCCAAGGUAUGCUAAUCAAUGCCACUUAUCUUUUCAUCCAUUAAUCCUUUUACUAAUUAAUCUCAUCCUCCAUAAUCUUCCAUUUCUUCAAGUUCCAUACAUACAUAUCUUGAGCAAACCCAUUCUGAAAGCCUUAUUUACAUAUUACUAUCCUUCUCAUUAAAUUAGAAUCAACUUUUAUUAAUCCAGCUUUGGCAAUCCCUUGUGACAUUCUGCUAUAAAUGCAAUCUGAAUAUGAGGUUCUAAUAAAAAAAAUAAAAAUGAAUCCAUGCUUCAAUAAAUACAAAAAUUGUCUUGGCUAAAGUGUUUCACCAUCAACCCGGUUUUGACUAUAUAGAGCUUUAGCUCCAUGAUCAAAUUAGUUACAGCUCGUACCAUUCUGACUUUGGAUCUUUCACAAGGCUACUCAGCUUUGGAUUUGUCGUAGCAAAUGUGAUGCCAUUUUUAAA